GAAGGCAGAAGGUGCAAUUCAGCCCCUCUACGUCCAUUGUUGUGGCACAUCAGCCCCUCUACCUAAAAGUAGAGCAAAUCAGCCCCUCCACUUGACAAAACCCGCAAAUCAGCCCUUCUGCUGACGAUGACCUCAUCAAAUGUCAUCUUUCCGUCCACACCUUUGUUACUCCGUUACCAAGAAAUGGCUUGGUGCUGAUAUGGCAUUGAGUAGGUUUCUAAUCUCCUGCCUCCUCUCCUCCAAGCUUUUCCCUAGAAUUUGCAGAGAAAAUGGCAAAUAUAUGUUCUUUUGUUUGUGUAUUGAUUGUAGCUGUUGAUGUCGCUGCUGGUGUUCUCAGCAUUGAGGCUGAAAUUGCUAAAGAUGAGGUAACACACAAGAGAUUGAAAGAUUUUAAGUGUGAGGAGCCAAAUGAUCGCGCUUUUAAGUUUGGAUUGGCUGCAGCAACUCUACUAGGCUUGGCACAUAUUACUGAAGAUUUGGUCGGAGGUUGUAUGUGCAUGUGCUUCACAGAAGAGCUUGAAAGAUCAUCCUCUAGUCGCCAAUUAUGGUUCGCAUGUAUCAUUGUUUCUUGGAUUGUAGUGGCUAUUGGGUUUCCAACAUUGGUGGUGGGAAUGCUGGAGAAUUCAAAAUCAAAAGGGUCAUGCUGGACUUUGCCCCAUCAUUUUCUGUUCAUUGGAGGGAUAUGCUGCUUUAUACAUGGCUUGUUAUGUGUUGCAUUUUAUGUGUCUGCAAGUGUGAGCUUUGUAAAUGGAAGAAUACAUGGCCCUCAGGAGGGACAAUACCCUUAGAAUCUCCCAAAACAAAUGUACCUGGCUUUU